AUGCCACGUAAGCUACGUAAGAAUAUACGUAAGAGGAAGGGAGCAUUGAAACAUCCAAUAGUAAAACUGACACCACAACAACAGUUGCAACAACAAAUGAUGAAUGACCCCACUAUGUUGCAACAAAUGUCAAGCAACCCUAUGCUUUUAAACCGAGUUAUUGGUGCACAGAGUGGAGGUUUAAGAGCGGCACUUUUAGCGAAAAUGGCAGGCUAUGGUGGAGCUGCAGAUGGAACAGCUUAUAACCCUCAAAGUCAAAUGAAUUUGAGUUCACUCAAAAAUCAAAUAACAGAUGUCAAAAAGUCAAACAUAG